AAAAAUUUUCUUUUCACAAUCAUUUGUUCCGCUAUUUUUACGCUUUCGGUAAUAUAUUUUAUACAGCGGUUGGGCAAUGAAGUAGCAUAUUUUUAUUGUAGCAUCGAUCAUUAUAGAAUUAUAUUUUUGAACUAAUUAAUUACCUGAGAAAAAAUUAUUAUAUGGGCUAAGUAUUUGUAAAAUUAAAAAUAUUACUUUUAAGUAUAUAUAUCCAGACUUUAUUUGUUUUCGCCUUAGUCAAUAGUUUUUUUUAUAAUUUUUGUAUUGAAUUCUCUUCUUCGGUUUACUUUCGGUGAAUUGUUAGAUAUAUUCUUUAAGAACCAAGGAUUGAAUUGUUUAUUUGUAUAGAUUAAUAAAGCUGAGUGCUAAAAAAAUCAGAUCAUACCAUAUAUACAGACAUACAGGAGAGUGUAAACGAAAGAAAAAAAAUGUCUGCUAGUUUAUUUAGAUCAAGACAAAUCAAAUCUAAGAAGAGUUUGAAGAACCUUAAGAUCUCAGGUCCUCUUUCACCCGAUUUAUCAUCACAAGCUAUUCCAAAGUCUUUUGCAAUUCAAGAUUCAGAAUAUGCCAUUAUUGUUUUGGUAGCAAAAUAUGGUUUCUCAGGAGAAAAUCCUCAAGAAUUAAGUAUUGAAACAAAAGAAUACCUUAAAUUAAUAGAACGAUUAGGAAAUGGUUGGUUAAAAGUUUCUAGAUUGGAUAAUUCUUUUGAUAUGGGUUUAGUUCCAGCUUCGUAUGUUGACAUUGCUGUCAAUGAUGCUCUGAAUCCUAUAUCUUUAAAAUGGUUACAUGAAUAUAAACAAGGAAGAAUAACUGAUCUUGAUGUGAAAAAUGAUGAAGAUGAUGAAGACGUUGAACUUUACAAUAAAUUAACCGAACCUGCAGAUGCAAGUUCAAGUAUCUAUUCCAAUAAUGAAGUAUUCGAUUUCGAACAUGCUUAUCCUAAAUCAGUAUCUAUAGAAAAUGUUUUAAAAGAUACCAAUGGUAAAUUUUGGUAUAAUUUAAAAUUUACAAUGUCAAAUGAUGAUAUAGUAUAUGUUAAGAAAAGUUAUCAACAAUUUUAUAAUAUCCAUAUCGAAUUUAUUAAGAAUUAUCCUGAUGUGGAUUUAGCAAAAUUGCCUCAACCUAUAAGGCGAGCAAGUUUAUCAUCAACUGUAUAUGAUAAGAGCCUUGUUCAAGACUUAAAUAAUUUAAGUUCAGACUUAAGUUUAUAUAUCAAGAGAUUAAUCGAAAUACCUACUAUUAAAUAUUCAGGUGAAUUUCAUAAGUUUAUUUAUGAACAAGCUCAUAUUAAGUGUAAAAGUCAAUCUGAAGAAACUGAUGAAACUUUAAUUGCAGAUAUAAUUCAAAGAUUAUCACCAAAUUCAAUUGAUAUUAAUUCUCCAACCACAAGUGCAUUUUCAACAACUGCUCCUUUACCUCCUCCAAAAUCUUCCAAAAAAUCGAUUUCUGCCAUUCAAACUAGAGAUGAUACUAGUAAUUAUAAAUAUUCUACAUAUAUUCAACAAAACAAACAUAUAGUACCUUCCACCAGUUCAAAUACUCUCUCAAGCUAUACUUCAUUGAUUGCAAGAUAUGAUGAUAGCUAUUAUGAUGCUGUUGAACAAGAUGAUAGAGAAACAGAUGAAAGAGAAACAAGCUUUACUGAAUCUGAAGAUUCAAAAGAUACUUCUAUGGUUACUAGAGCAACUUCCGUAGAAUCUACCUUAUUAUCCAAACGUGGAAGUAAUGAUACCCAAGCAAGUGAAGAAAUCGCUGAAGUGGAAGAAGAUGAGGAAUAUGAGGCAGAAGCAGAAGAAGAGGAUGUGGAUGUGGAGGAAGAUGAUGAGAUACAGAAAGAUAUGAAAAUCAAAUCUGAAUUUAUAGAAUCAUUAAAGGAUUUAUGUCCCAGAGAUUCCUCUAAAUUUGGUAGUGGUCAUUCAUCAUCCAAUUCUGAAAGUGAUAUUGAUUCAGUCUUUUCACUGAAAACUAGUGUUCCAUCAACUCCAAUAAUAGCUACUAGUGGAUUCUUUGCCACUCCGGAUUGUGUACUUAAUGUUACCAGUCCGAUAACUCCUACAUCACCCAUUAUGGAAGAUAAUGAAAGUGAAUCAAUAUCUCCAAGAUCAGCAUAUGAAUAUAGAAUGAGUAGAAAAUCUGUUUUAACUCCAGAAAAGUUAAAGAACAGAGCAUCUUCAUUAGAAUCUAUUAUUAGUGUUCCAUCUCAUCAUAAAAGAGCUAUGAGUGAAGUAGCACCAGUGAUGACAUUUGCUUCACCUAUUUUACCAGUCAAAGAAAGAGCUACUAGUGUGAUAAAUUGCAAUGCAGGAGAUUAUAUUAAGAUUAAGAUUUUCUUAAAUAAUAAGGAGGAUGAUAUAGUGGCAUUAAAGAUAAAGAGAAAUAAUUUGAUUUCAAUAGUUUAUUUAAAGAAAUUGUUAUCUUAUAAGAUAUACAAAGAUUAUAAUUUAGUCAACCAUUAUAGAUUACAAGUGUCUGAAACAGAUGAAGAAAUGGAUGAUGAAGAGUUAUUGAAGUAUAUUAAGGAUUAUAACAAGAUAAGUUUAAAGUUAAUAAGAGUUAGAGGUUCUAUGUAAUGUAGUAAUCUUUUAUUAUACAUGUGGGGAGGUUUCAAUUUGGUUUUAAUAGUAGUUAGUUUUUUAAUAGGAUAAGUUCAUGAAUGUA